AUAGCGGAUUUUUUUUUUGAAAGGUAAUUAAUCACUUUUUAUCAGUUCAUAUUCGAGUUGUAAAUUUAAUACGUAAUUGAUUAAUUUUCUAGUAGCCUAGUCUGGAUUAUUGAAUUAUUGUAUCGAUAAUGAUCUUGAAUUAUUAAAUUUGUUUCGUGAACGUUGAAUUUCUGAGAUUUAGAUUGAUUGCUGUUUGUGUUGAUAUCUUGUUCGAAAGCUAUCCAUGGAUUGUUGAUUGUAUUCAGACUCGAAAGGUUCGUUGAGAUGCGAAAAUGUGGCGGAAAAAGUGCCUAGUUGAAAAUACCUAUCUUCCCACGUGAACCGAAGUCGAGAACCUAUAUCGAUUCAUUGGUUGAUUAUGUUGAGGUUUUGAAGAAUUGAAAAACACAGUUUCCAGUCUAAAAUUUCAGGUCAUCAUGAAACUGCUUCUUUUACUGGUAAUUAUUUGGCAUCUGGAAACUCCCACUUCAGCUCACUUCGAUAAAAAGCGCACGAGAUUUUAUAAUUUAACCAAAGAACGUUAUUUCAUCGACAAGACGCAUUUCUUAGGCGAAUUCUUCCAGAAAUUAAAUGUAUCAAAACACCUUUACUUCUUCACCAUUCCUCAUAAAUUCGGUAAAACCAUCAAUGCAGAAAUGAUUAGAACUUUCGCCGAUAUUGAAUUAGAUGGAACUAAUCGGAGAAAUCCCAACGAUACCCAAGCCUACGAAAUAUUCAGCAAAUUAUCUAUCGGUAAAAAUGAAACAAUCAUGAAGGAUCAUUUAGCCAAUCAUCCAGUUAUACUGUUCGAUUUGCAAAUCGAAUGUGAAAAAUCGUGGGAUAGUUUCUUCUCCUCUAUGCAAUUUUAUAUCAAACAGAUAUUCUCAGAUUACAACUUUAUUUACGAUUUGCAUAAGAAAAAUGCAAACGCAACUUCGGAUUUCCAAUUAAUGGAUAAAGUAUUCAAUUCCGAAUUAAAUCAAAAUGAAACUUCCCAUAGUUUGAAAUCUUUGAUCAACAUAGUCGGCGAUUUUUUCAACGCUGAUGUAAUUUUAUUAAUCGAUCAUUACGAUUUUUUAGUCAAUUAUUUUUCUAAUUCACGUCAAGAUAUUGAUCGAAUUUACGAAUUAAUUAACGGUAUGAUUUUUCACAUCUUCGAUGAAGGUGUUCCUUUACGAAACAGUUUCGUGUUCGGUGUAAGUGAUCUAAUGUUUCCUACGCCGAUGAAAUAUCAUCGUAAUAUUAGCCACUUUCCUUUUCUCGGAUAUAAUUCUGCCAAGUAUUUCGGAUUUACUGAUGUCGAAUUGAGUUCCUUGUACGGAAAGUAUAAAUUCACUUCCGAGGAUGCGAUGAAAAUGAAGAUUAUAUUCGGCGACUACAUCUCGUUCGAACGUUUCAAAUUAUACAAUCCUUUCUCUGUGGUUAAAUUUCUGAACGGUGUCGAAAAUGAGAAUUCAAGCAGAUUUGAAAUAAUUCAACGUAAAUACUGCGAUCAAAAAGAUAAAUUCGAUAUAAUUUCGUCGUUUAUGAAAUCUGCGGAAUUUCGUCAAACAGCGAUACUCUUAUUGAGACAUAAUCGAUGCAACGUUGGUGUGAUAAAUGUCUUUUUUGAGAGUAAAAAUAUGUUCCAAAUCAUUGAGAAUUUGAAACGGAAUGGAAGCGGCGUGUCUUUCUUCGAUAGAGACAUUCUGUCAGCACAUUUUUUUGAACGCGGUUUCAUCGUCCCAGGAUUUGAAGAAAAUAAUUCGUUCAUGAUACCUAAUUUGGAAACGGAUCUGGAUUUAAGGAAUAAAUUGAAAUUGUUUUACAUGGAAUCGAAGAACAUGUUUGUUAUACUACAAUUACUUCAUGUUUUGAAAGAAAUCAUUCUUUGUCCGAGUAAUGCGGCUGUGGAAAUUAAGCAGAACUUGAAUCGAACAAUGAGUGAGUUAUUUGAAGGCCUAAAACAAUCGGAGCAACGUGAUUUUAAUCAUUUGGAUCUGAUUGGAAUAAUUUAUGCUUUUGCUUCCGAUAUCGAUUUAUGGGUAUUUAGCCAACCGAUUUACAAUAAAAUUGCAUUUCUAAAAUACGAGAAUGAACAUGUGAUGUCUGAUGGAGAAAUGUUGAAUCAAUUAACUUCCGUUACUUCUUAUUAUGGGUCAUCUGUACAUAUAAUAAUGUAUUGAAAAAUAUUAUUUUUUCUAUGAUAGGAUGUAAUAAAUUUAUCAAGCUGAA